CCACACAGCCAUCAUGGCUACAUCGAGGAAGGACGCCGAACGUGAGGUUCAUGAAUGGGGCUUUUCCCACGUCUUCACGUGGACGGACCGGGCGGACGCAUACUAUCCGCCCCACCGCCAUGGUGGUCUCACCACUCACUUGAUCAUCAGAGGCGAGCUCACCAUAACGUACCCUGAAGACGAAGAACCCUCCAAGGAAACGUUUGGUGUGGGGGCGAGGAUCGACGUGGAUGCACAACGAUUACAUGAAGUCUGGGUUGGCCGAGAAGGAUGUGAAUAUGUUAUAGGAGAGUGA